UCUAUACAAGGAGUGGGGCAGAUGAUGUCCACAAUGGUUUUGACUCGGAAGCAAUCUAUGUUCAAUUCCUCUUCACCUGUGAAUUCUGUAGUGAGUCAGGACAACUCUAAGAGGAAGAGUGUGGAUACGGAAAAUGUCACCGUCAUGGAAACCAAGCUGAAAAUCCUGGAGAUCCUGCAGUUCAUCCUGAAUGUAAGAUUGGAUUACAGGAUAUCGUAUCUGCUCUCCGUUUUCAAGAAGGAAUUUGUGGACGUUUUCCCCAUGCAAGAUAGUGCAGUAGCGGAUGGGACAGCACCAGCCUUUGAGAACACAAAUGCCACCUUAAAUCUAGAGCGUAUUUCAGAACAAGCAGAAGCUAUGUUUGGAGUGGGGAAGAAUACUAUUCUGGAAGUUGAUGACGAG